UAUCUCUUUUUUUCUGAAUAUGUUGGCUGCACCCAAACUCCGGUCAGGUGCCGUUAUACUAAAAAAAAAAAUUCUCAACUCCGGUCUCCUAUUCUAUACCCAUAAUAUACAUAGUGGCAUAAGUGGCCCGCCUCUCCUCAACUCUAUCUCUAGCUAUCUCUAGCUAGUAGCUCUUCCUCAACUCUCCCAUAAUACCUUCCUCUCGGUGCUCUAUUAGCCGACCACUAGUUUCUAACGAUGAAGGAGAUGGUGGUGCUCUAUCCAGGGACGGGCAUGGGCCACCUGGUGCCCAUGGUGGAGCUGGCCAAGCUCUUCCUCCGCGACGGCUUGGCCGUCACCGUCCUCGUCAUCAACAACCCAUUCAGGCAAGGCUCCGACGACUCAUUCAUCGCCGCCGCCGCCUCCGCUCACCCCUCCCUCUCCUUCCACCACCUCCCUCCCGUCUCCCUCCCCCCCAAUCCCCUCAUGUUCGAUAUCCUCCGCCAGGCCACGACCCACCUCCGCCCCGUACUCACCUCCCUCUCCGAGACCUCCGCCGUCCGCGCCCUCGUCGUCGACUUCUUCUGCACCGAGGCCCUGGACGUCGCCGCCGAAGUAGGCCUCCCCUCCUAUAUCUUCUUCUCCUCCGGCGCCGCCAGCCUCGCCGCCUUCCUCUACUUUCCAAUCCUCCACUCCGCCACUCCUGGCAGCUUAAAAGAUCUCGGCAUCGCCCCGAUCAACUUCCCCGGCCUCCGGCCGAUUCCGGCGUCCGAUAUGCCGGCUCGACUCCAAGACCGGAACGACGAGUCCUACAAACGUUUCCUCUUCCUCUUCGAGCGCUUACCGAGAUUCGACGGCAUCUUGAUCAACACCUUCGAGUCGUUGGAGCCGCGGGCGGUCAAAGCCCUGAAAGACGGUAUCUGUCUUCCCGACCGUCCGAUGCCUCCGACCUAUUGCAUCGGGCCGUUGAUUGCCGAAGGGAAACCAUCAGAGAAGCACGAGUGCAUCACGUGGCUGGACUCGCAGCCGAAGGCGAGCGUGGUGUUCUUGUGCUUCGGGAGCAGGGGCUCCUUCGCCGCGGAGCAGCUUAAGGAAACGGCCACCGGAUUAGAGAGAAGCGGACAGAGGUUUCUGUGGGUAGUGCGGGCCCCACAGAACGGAGACCAGACGGCCAAGCCUCCCGGGCCACGGCUCGAAGCGGAUCUGGAGGCGAUUUUGCCCGUGGGGUUUCUGGAACGGACCAAAGACAGGGGUCUGGUGGUGAAGUCGUGGGCCCCGCAGGUUGAGGUGCUGGCCCACGAAGCGGUCGGCGCUUUCGUGACCCACUGCGGAUGGAACUCGACGCUGGAGGGGGUGUGCGCCGGGGUGCCCUUGAUCGCCUGGCCUCUCUACGCGGAGCAGAGGAUGAAUAAAGUGAUGCUGGUGCAGGAUAUGGGUCUGGCGGUUGCGGUGGAGGGAUACGAUAAGGAGUUGGUCAGAGCGGAGGAGGUGGAGAAGAAGGUGAGGUGGGUGAUGGAGUCGGAGGGAGGGAGCGAGUUGAGGAAGCGAGCGGCGGCGAUGGCAGACAAGGCGAAGGAGGCGUGGAAGGAUGGAGGGUCGUCCGAGGAGGCGUGGGUGGAGGUGGUGAAGGUUAUCAAGAACGGUGGCAACGGAGUACGUGGAUGACUGGAUUUCUUGCGCUAAAUAUUCAGAUAGCUUUUUAUUUUUUUAAGGAUGCUUGUUAUAUCUUUCGUUGAAAUAAUAUAGAUAUGAAAGUGAUUUAUGUAUUCGAGCAAAUCGAAAGGUCCAAACUAUAUAAGGACUAUGUCGAACAGGGUCUUUCUGGAUACCCACCAGUUUAGGUUUGAGUUGUGGAGGCUUACUUUUGUUUUCCUACUUUUUCAAUCAGCGCCUCAUGAGCUAUACAUUCCAUAUACAAUAUAUUGUAUUCUUAACUAUGCUA